AUGGCCGAAAACGCAAGUACCACCACGACGACGACGGCUACGCCGCCGCCGCUGCCGCCGCGCAUAGCAUACAUCCACACGACCUUAAUGCCCGACUGGAACGAACAAGACUUGCACAAAACACUCGGAAAGUGCGUGAGGCAAGAAGACCCCUCGCUUCUACCACCGCGUCCACGCCACCACUUCCUCAUCGGCGCGUGCAACGAAACCGACGAGCGCGUCCGCAAUAUCAUCGUCAGCUACCUGCCCCCAGGUAACGAGUUCUACUUCCGCCACGUGCGGCGAACGAACCUCGAAGUACGUAUCUCGCGCUCGCGGGCCGUGACACCGGAUGGCAGGCGUUUCCUCCAGCGGUGCACCGACGAUGGUGUUCCGACUGUUCUUCGCGGCGAGACGGACGAGGAGUGCCAUGAGAGUAUGCUGGCGGACAGCGACUACAUCAUCAAUAAGGCGACGACGUAUGACAAGGCCUGGUUCCUGAACAAUGCGCGCGUCGGUGUACCGCAGGAUAGCAUGUUGACGAAUGCCGAGUACGAUGUCAGUAAGCACGACGCCUCCAAACACCGGUUGUGGCAGCGGUACCAAGGACGUGGGUGGAGAGCUAGCUCCGUGCAAAACGACAUCCUACGAGCCACCGGUUUACGCAAAUUAUUACUUAUUGCCGGAGAGGGGGGGUCGCGAGUGGGCGCGAUUAACGGCCUAUGA